UUCUGCGGCUGUUAAGCAACCGAUCAGCAACAUCAUUUAUAUACAUUGAGACUCUCAAUUAAAUUAUGACAAGCGGAUUAUCUCGGAGAAGAGUCGCUUCAGGCAACUUGGACGAAAAUGAACAAGAAACCAAAAAUGUCGCAUUAAUGAAAAGCAAAGCGCAGAAUCGUGAUGAAGAUCAUAAAAUUGCAUUUGAUCCCAAAGAUCUUGAACAAGGUGCUGAAAGUGAGAAACAACCGAAAGUGACUCUUAUGGAGGAAGUACUGUUGCUGGGUCUAAAAGACAAACAGGGUUAUCUGUCUUUUUGGAAUGAUAGUAUCUCGUAUUCUCUUCGCGGGUGCAUAUUAAUCGAGCUUGCUUUUCGCGGCAAGUUGCGUAUGCAGAAAGAUGUGAAUCGAAAGCGUUUCCCACUGGCUGAUCGCUUGGUGGAACUCGUGGAUGAUCGAUUGACGGGCGAAGUAUUGCUUGAUGAAGCCAUAAAAAUGAUUCACUCGAGUGAACCAAUGUCGGUUACUUCUUGGAUUGACUUGAUGAGCGGCGAAACGUGGAAUGUCAUGAAAAUUGGGUAUCAACUUCGUCAAGUCCGUGAACGUCUCGCAAAAGGUUUGGUCGAUAAAGGCAUUCUUAGAACUGAAAAGAAAAAUUUUCUGCUUUUCGAUAUGCCCACCCAUCCUGUCGCAGAUACCUCUAUCAAAGAGGGUCUAAAGCGACGCGUUUUGUCUAUCUUGGUGGACCGUGUCGUCGAGUUGGAAAGCACACCAGCUUUUCCUGCUAACUUGCAAUUCCGCUACUUGCGUACAAUAGCUCUUGUUUGUUCUGCCUAUGCAGCUAAUGUUUUAGAAAAUGCUCUUUUAGUUUUAGACUUUGAGAGACGCGACAGAGCCCUCGCUCAAGUCGAUGAUCUUUUAUCUGAAUUUUCUCAAUGGCCCUUCCUUAUCCAUCCUUCAACUGUUGGAGCGAACUUGGGUGAAGCUGUUGGGGAAGAAUUGGCUCCAUUAUCUGAGGAUCAAAUGUUAUCCAUCGAGGUCGUUGCUGCUGUAUUACAGUUCGAUGCAAUCAACGGGUUUGACUUCCCAUCAAAUGUCGACUUUUCUUUUGCAUUGUUUAUAACCUAAUUCAAUGACUUUGGAAUUUAAUAUAUGGCCCCCCUUUAUCCUACUCUUUUUUUCAUGCGGUCAUUGAAUUCUGCACUUCGUUUC